UAGUUUUGAAGCUGAGGGCUGGCGGGCUGUGGAGGCGGCAGGGACUGAUGUAAACAUUGCAGUGCAUCGCGGUUCCCGGUGUCUGGGCCCGUGGAGAUGAUUCACGAACUUCUCCUGGCUCUGAGCGGCUAUCCCGGCAGCAUCUUCACCUGGAAUAAGCGGACGGGCCUGCAGGUUUCCCAAGAUCUGCCAUUUCUUCAUCCUGGAGAAACCAAUGUACUGAACCGUCUCUGCAAGUUAGGGACGGACUAUAUUCGCUUCACGGAGUUCAUUGAACAGUACACUGGGCAUGUCCAGCAGCAGGAUCACCACCCAUCCCAGCUGGGGCAGGUUGGUCUGCAUGGAAUAUACUUGAGGGCUUUUUGCAGAGGAUUAGAAUCGAUUCUUCAGCCCUACAGACAAGCUUUAUUAGACUUGGAGCAAGAGUUCUUGGCUGAUCCACAUCUUUCAGUAUCCCACAUUAACUACUCCCUUGAUCAGUUUCAUCUCCUCUUUCCAUCAGUAAUGAUUGUGGUGGAGCAGAUCAAGAGCCAGAAGAUUCAUGGCUGCCAACUUUUGGAAACGGUUUACAAACACAGCUGUGGGGGGCUUCCUCCAGUCCGCAGUGCGCUUGAAAAAAUCCUAGCUGUAUGUCAUGGGGUCAUGUACAAGCAGCUUUCAGCUUGGAUGCUUCAUGGACUUCUCUUGGACCAGUAUGAGGAGUUUUUUGUCAAACAAGGACCGUGCUCUGGCAAUGCCUCUGCCCAGUCUGAAGAAGAAGAUGAUGACUUAGGUAUUGGGGGCCUCACUGGGAAACAGCUACGGGAGCUGCAAGACUUGCGGCUUAUUGAAGAAGAGAACAUGCUGGCUCCAUCCCUCAAGCAGUUUUCUCUGAGAGUUGAAAUGCUGCCAUCUUAUAUCCCUGUACGAGUUGCUGAGAAGAUUUUAUUUGUUGGAGAAUCGGUCCAAAUGUUUGAAAAUCAAAAUUCUAAUAUGACAAGAACAGGUUCUAUAUUGAAAAACCAGGAAGAUAGAUUUGCUGCAGAAUUGCAUCGGUUGAAGCAGCAACCUUUGUUUAGCCUGGUGGAUUUUGAGUCAGUUCUUGACAGGAUCAGAAGCACUGUAGCAGAGCACUUGUGGAAUCUCAUGGUGGAAGAAUCUGAUUUGAUAGGGCAGUUAAAGAUUAUAAAAGAUUUCUACCUGCUAGGAAGAGGUGAAUUGUUUCAGGCUUUCAUAGAUAUAGCCCAGCACAUGCUGAAAACACCGCCUACAGCCGUCACAGAACACGAUGUUAACGUAGCCUUCCAGCUCUCAGCGCAUAAGGUUUUACUCGAUGAUGACAACAUUCUCCCCUUGCUCCAUUUAACCAUUGAUUACCAUGGAAAGGAGCAGAAAGACCUGUCUCAGCCUCGUGAAGGUCCUUCACGUGAUGCAUCUCCAAGGGAGGCUCCUACUUCUGGCUGGGCAGCUCUUGGACUGUCCUAUAAGGUGCAGUGGCCAUUACACAUUCUCUUCACUCCAGCUGUGUUAGAAAAGUACAAUGUAGUUUUCAAGUACUUACUUAGUGUCCGGCGUGUGCAGUCAGAACUUCAGCACUGUUGGGCUCUACAGAUGCAAAGAAAACAUUUGGAAUAUAAUAGAACAGAUGCAAUUAAGUGUCGACUGCGGAAUCACAUGGCAUUUCUAGUGGACAAUCUUCAAUAUUACUUGCAGGUAGAUGUGUUGGAAUCUCAGUUUUCACAGCUCUUAGAGCAGAUCAACUCAACCCGAGAUUUUGAGAGUAUUCGCCUGGCUCACGACCACUUUCUCAGCAAUCUCCUGGCCCAGUCCUUCAUCUUAUUAAAACCUGUUUUUCAUUGUCUAAAUGAAAUCUUAGAUUUGUGUCAUAGCUUCUGCUCUCUAGUCAGCCAGAACCUGGGUCCUCUAGAUGAACGUGGUGCUGGUCAGCUGGAUAUCUUAGUUAAAGGUUUUAGUUGCCAGUCUUCACUACUCUUCAAAAUCCUUUCAAGUGUCCGCAACCAUCAGAUCAAUCCUGACUUGGCACAGCUCCUACUGCGAUUAGAUUAUAAUAAGUAUUAUACACAAGCUGGAGGCACAUUGGGCAGCUUUGGAUUAUGAACAGGAUGACGUCAUGGAUCUGAUUAGUCUUCAAGAAAGAAAUUCAAGGUUGUGAUUGAAGCUA